GGUCAAUGGUUUGCUGGUGGAACGCACAUCUGCGAAUUUCAGAGAUCCAGUGCAGAUCGAAAUCCAGGAUUGCGGAUUAGCUAGUUCAACUGUCUAUGAGCUUUACGUCUAUGCCGAGAACGCAGCGGACACGACCGAUGGUUUCCUCUAUCGGUUGUCGUUCCGUACAAUGCCCAGUAACGAGCUGAUCCAGCUGUACAACCGGCAGCCGAUCAUCGUCGGCUACCAAGCUGCCACACGGUUAGUUGAGGUGCCACAGGCCGAAUACGAGCAAUGGGAAGACGAGUCGCUGGACAACACUUUUGGCGAAAACCGAACUGGCAACGAGUCAUUGUAUGAUGGUACCUAUUUUGGCGGGGCAAUCAACGUCACAGACGGCGAAAACUACACCUUCACUUGCUUGGAGUUCAAUCGCAGCGCGGCGUAUUCGGCGUUUGAAAUCGACGUGAAAGAAAC